UAAUUAUAGCACACCACUCCUCUUCUCCUCUCCGCCAUCCAAUUUUCGUACGCUAUUCAUCAGAUUCUUUACUACUUCUACUUCAAUUUCAAUACCAUUUCACUAUCUUAAAUUCAAUUUUACAUUCUUGUUUUGACAAAUUUCUUCAUCUGGGUGUCUUGGAAAAUCAUAAAUUUGAGGUAUAACAAUGCGGGGAGCGAGUUCAAAUAAUCGCGAAGGAGAAUUUAAAGUGAGUUUUGGUUAUCAUUGUAAUGGUCAGGGUGAUGGUUCUUACAUACUUUCAGAUGGGUAUCAAACCUUGCAAAGCCCUAAAAUCCCAAGGAAUAGUAGCUUCUCUUGCUUGUCUGGUGCUGCCUUAAGUGCUAAUGCCACAUUGGCUAAUACCAAUAUCUGCAACGGCGUGAUAGGAACAGAAAUACUACCCAGCUGGGACUCCCCUAACUCAUUCCGAAAAGUUCCCUCCUCGCCAUCUCUUAACAAGUUGGACAUAUUGCCGUCUUCUCUUCAAAGAAGCAUGUCUUACUUAAGUUGCAGUCCGUCUACCCCAAGCCCACCGGAAUAUGAUUCUUAUCUCAAACCGAUGAGUGCUCCUUCGAGAAACGAAGGCUUUCUUAACACUAUGGAAGUUCAAGUUGCUGGUGGAGCUGCCGGUGAAGACAGGGUUCAAGCUGUUUGUUCUGAAGAAAAUGGGUGGCUUUUUUGUUCAAUCUACGAUGGGUUUAAUGGAAGAGAUGCAGCUGAUUUUUUGGCCGGGACAUUGUAUGAAAACAUCAUAUAUCAUACCAGCUCUUUAGACUGGGAAUCAAAGCAGGAUGAUAUUGUAGCUUCCGGUGGUCUAUGUUUGGAUGGACCCGCUCAGUAUGCUCUUGUGGCUGGCAACAAUAGUUAUAAUCAUAAGGAUUCAAAUCAGUAUAUGUCUGCCAAGAAUGUCGUGUGCUCCAAAGUGAAAAUUUCAUCUGAUUCAUUUAGACUUGAAGUUUUGGAUGGCCUCCAAAAAGCUCUUAGUGAGACUGAAAACGAUUUCUUAAGCAUGGUCGAGCAGGAAAUGGAGGAUCGCCCUGAUCUAGUUUCCGUGGGGUCUUGCGUCUUGGUUGUUCUUCUUCACGGAACAGAUUUGUAUACUCUGAAUUUAGGUGAUAGUAGGGCUGUAUUGGCAACACACAAAGCAGAAAACGGAGUUAAUGGGUAUGAGCAACUAAAGGCUGUCCAGCUUACUGAUUGUCACACUGUUGACAAUGAAUUUGAAAGAACUACUCUCAUUAAUGAGCACCCUGAUGACCCUGCAACAAUUCAUAGUGGAAGAGUCAAAGGGAAGUUGAAGGUUACUCGAGCUUUUGGAGUCGGUUACUUGAAAAAGAGAAAACUAAAUGAUGCUUUGAUGGGUAUUUUACAAGUUCGUAACCUCAUAAGUCCUCCAUAUAUUUCAACCGAGCCAUCAAUGAAUAUGCACAAAAUAUCAGAAUCCGAUCAAUUUGUCAUAGUUGCUAGUGAUGGAUUAUUUGAUUUCUUUGACAAUGACGAGGCAGUAAAGCUCGUCCAUUCUUUCAUGUCGAGCAACCCCACUGGCGAUCCAGCAAAGUUUCUAUUAGAGCAGCUUGUAGAAAGAGCUGCGGAUUGUGCAGGUUUUAGUUUGGAAGAAUUGAUGAAUAUACCAGCUGGUAGGAGGAGGAAAUAUCAUGAUGAUGUAACUGUAAUUGUGGUUGUUCUUGGAACAAACCAGCGCACUUCAAAGGCAUCCACAUACAUGUAAGUUUUUUACGUGAAGUUUUUUGUUUCCACCCUAAGUGGUAUGUCUGAAUAUUCAUAGGUUUCAAAUUGUAAAUAUCGACGUCGGUUAUUAUUUUGUAUGAAACUCAGCAAUUUUGGUAUGAUAUCCAAAUUAUCUCAAGUAUUUUUUAAA